CUGCAAAUGGUUUUGAAGUUUCCACUUUCCAACACUAUAAGGAAAUCAACUUCCCCUAACUUACUUGUCUUGUCCUCAAAACCAGAGUUCAUGCCGCGGGAACAAACCAACUUCUGAACCUCCAUCACCAAAUGACUAUACCAACCCUAACAUCUUCUCUCCACAUCCAUCUCUGCUUCCUUCUCUUCCUCCCCCUCCUCCUCAUCAGCCAUGCCAACUCUCAGUCAUUGCAAGACCAAGAACAAGCUGUUCUGCUAAAACUAAAGUCAUACUUGCAAUCUCCACCGUUCCUCAGCCAUUGGAUUCCAUCAACAUCAAACACUUCCCACUGUUCCUGGCAGCCUGAGAUCACCUGCACAAACAACUCCGUAACCGGAUUGUCUCUGGUCAACACGAAAAUCACUCUACCAGUUCCACCUUUCAUUUGUGAUCUCAAGAACCUCACACUCAUUGAUCUCAGCUACAACUACUUUGCUGGAGAGUUCCCAAAAGCUUUCUACAACUGUUCAAAGCUACAGUACUUGAACCUCUCUCAAAAUUCCUUUGAUGGCAAGAUUCCUGACAAUAUCGACAGCUUGCCUAGGCUUCAAUACCUUGACCUUAGCGCUAACUACUUUUCUGGUGACAUACCGGCGGCUAUUGGGCGGUUACAAGAGCUCAGGAACCUGCAGCUGUAUAUGAACAACUUUAAUGGUUCCGUGCCACCAGAAAUAGGUAACUUGUCCAAUCUUAAACACCUAAGUCUCUCUUUCAAUACAAAACUUGUGCCAUGGAAUCUGCCUUCCAAUUUCACCAAGUUGAAAAACUUGAAGAAUUUGUAUAUACGCGGAUCGAAUUUGAUUGGAGAACUCCCCGGAACACUUGGAGAAAUGGCAGCACUGGAAGAAUUGGAUUUGGCAUACAACAGUUUAAAUGGGACAAUCCCAAGUGUUUUGUUUCUGUUGAAGAAUUUGAGUAUAAUCUAUCUCUACAACAACAGCCUGUCUGGGGAUGUACCUCAAGUGGUUGAAGCAUUGAACUUGACUGUCAUUGAUAUUUCUACAAACUAUUUAACAGGCCCAAUACCACAAGAUUAUGGAAACCUUACCAAAUUAACAUGGUUAGCUUUGUUUUUAAAUGGUUUUUCUGGUGCUGUUCCAGCAAGCAUUGGCCGUUUACCAAAUCUCAAACAGUUCAGAGUGUUCAUCAAUAAUUUGUCUGGAACAUUGCCUCCAGACUUUGGAAGGUAUUCAGAGCUUGAAGGGUUCGAGGUUUCGGGGAAUAGGCUCACUGGCAAACUGCCAGACCAUUUGUGCUAUUGGGGUAAGCUGUCAACACUUGUAGCUUAUGAGAACAAUCUCACUGGGGAGUUACCAAGCUCUCUUGGAAAUUGCACUAGUUUAACAGAAGUGAAGGUUUAUGGUAAUGGAUUGUCUGGGAACAUUCCUAGUGGCAUGUGGACAGCACCAAACUUGAUUCACGUGCUGAUGAGCAACAACUCUCUUACCGGUGAGCUUCCUGAGAAAAUGUCUCGGAAUCUUACACGGCUGGAAAUAAGAGAUAACAGAUUUUCAGGUAACAUUCCAACCGGGGUGUCAUCCUGGAACUUGAAGGUUUUUGACGCCGGUAAUAACCUUUUUAACGGUACUAUCCCUCAGAAACUUACUACUCUUCCUAGCUUAAUCACUCUUUCUCUUGAUCAGAAUCAGCUUACUGGCUUCCUUCCAUCAGAGAUUAUAUCAUGGAAAUCACUCAACGCUCUUAAUUUGAGUCGAAAUCAACUCUCUGGACCAAUUCCAGCAGGACUUGGUCUUCUACCAGUCAUUACUGAACUGGACCUUUCAGAAAACCAAUUUUCUGGCCAAAUUCCAGCUCAACUUGGGAAUCUGAAGCUCAGCAACUUCAAUCUUUCUUCCAAUCACCUAUCUGGGAAGAUCCCAAUUGAAUUUGAAAAUCCUGCUUAUGACAGAAGCUUCUUGGACAAUCAAGGUCUCUGUGCAGCUAGGCCCUCAGCAAAACUCAGCAUAUGUAAUUUUCAACCUCGAAAUUCCAGCAAAAUUUGGUCUACAUAUCUUGCAUUGAUCUUAACUUUGGGCAUACUUUUGUCCUUGUUGGCUUUGUCCUUAUCAUUCUUCAUGGUCAGAGCUUAUUGGAAGAGAAACAGAUCGGAUUCUGAUUGGAAGCUCACCUUAUUUCAGAGGUUGAAUUUCAGAGUUUCAAAAAGUAUUAUGAUUGGAAGUGGCGGCUCAGGAAAAGUUUAUUGUGUUCCUGUCAAUCGUACAGGCGAUGUUGUUGAUGACAGUAGAGGAAUUUAGAGAAGAAUAAGGAAGAAAGCAGAGAACAGAAAACUCAGAAUUGUGCAUUGAUCUUGAUUAGUGAUUGCAAUGUAAUGCUACAGCUUGUAUAUCUGAUAACAGUCUUAGAGAAAAUUAGUGAAGCAGGUUCUGCAUAUCUUGCUCCGAUGCUCAACAAAAGUCAUCCCACCAUUGAGAAGAUUUAGAGAUGCAAGCAACUUAAUUCCCUGAGAGUGCAAGCAAUAAAAGUAAACUACUCACAGUUUACAUCCC